AUUAACGUGGUGUUAUAAUAUAAUAAUAAUAUAUUAUCAUGAAAAUAUUUAAUUAUGAAAGUUUUUUUUGAUUUAUGUGUUUCUGAUAUUUUGGUAUGUCCACAAAAUUGCAAGGAUACUAUUAAAACCCUUUAUGAUUAUGGAUACAGAACCAUUGCAAUUAAUCACAGCUAUGAAAAGGAUACCAAUGAUGCAGUUGAACGAAAAAAUAAAAAUAAGAAAGCUGGACAAAAUACGGAGUUUCUACCAGCUCCUUUAGACUUGACAUAUAUUGAAAAUAUUAAAAAAGAAUUUGGAAUACAGGAUUUAAAAGUUUUAAAUAGAUUAACAAUUCCAUUUGCUAAUCAAGACGUUUUACAUAAAAUUGUAAAAUCAGAUAACUACAAGAAGUAUGAUAUAGUUGCUGUCAAUCCCAAAUCUGCAAGUGCAUUUGCAUUUUGUUGUAGCACAUUUGAAGCAGAUAUUUUAGCCUUAGAUCCAGGGAAUAAACAAAACUAUAAAAUAAAUAGGAAAACCUACAAUCUUCUUAUAGAGAGAGGAUAUCAUUUUGAAUUGAUUUAUAGUUCAGCCAUUGAAGAUCAAACAAAAAGAAAAAAUUUAAUUCAUGUUGCCCAUUUGUAUCAUUCAUUUGGAAAAUCUAAAAAUAUUAUAUUCUCAAGUGGUGCAUCCAACAUCAUGAAUAUUAGAAGUCCAUAUGAUGUAAUAAGCCUAGGUUUUAUUUUUGGAUUAAAUGAAAUUCAAACUAAAAACGCAGUAUCCUACUCUUGUCGAAAACUUCUAUUAAAUUCAGUUGGUAGAAGACAUGGUAAAGCUGUUAUGUUUGUUGAAAGUGUAGGACAAGAUUCUGUUAUAAAUCUUGAUAGUGAGAAUGAUGAAGAACCAGUUUUAAAGAAAUGCAAGAAAUAAUAAUUAUUGUCAAUAAAAUAUUGAAAGAAA